AACUCUACACAGUUCGAGCGAAGCUGCGUGCAUAACGGUUUCAUUUCAUAUUUUGACCGUUCAGCAUUUCACAGCAGAUUUAUCCCUGGCCGUUGUAUAACACGUCCUAUUCCUUCGAGCGUCGUUUUAGCGCAGGCGGGUUAACAGCAGCUAAAGCUAAGAUUUAGAAUUUUAUUGCGGUGUUUCUCCAAUUUUCCAAAGCGGAAUUGUUCAAACUAUUUUAGUUUGAAAGGAAAAAAAAGCCAAAAAAGAAGAAGACAUAACGUCGUAGUUAGGGUACAAAAAUCUAGCUGCUCUACUCUGCCUGAUCCCCUAAACUUAUAGAGCUUUAUCGAUUAGGGGUGUUCUGCGCGAAGCACGACACUCCCGCGUUCUAUUGAUUCGGUUUUAGACGCCGUCUGCUGCCCAACUUUACUCGCGCGUUUCUUCACGUGGGAGCAUUACAUUCGUUUGGCUACUUUUUUUUUUAGUCGCCUAGUGAUUAUUCCGCUCUAAUAUGGGCCUAGGAGAUAAGGGUUUGAACGGAAGAUUGGCGUUUGCCAUUGCGGCUGCGGCCUUGGGCUCGGCCUUCCAACAUGGUUAUAAUAUCGGUGUAGUCAACUCACCUGGAGAGCUUAUCCGAACGUGGAUCAAUGACUCGCACUACAAUCGAACAGGCGAGGCGUUGUCAUCACCAGCCGUUACUCUCAUUUGGUCAUGGGCCGUGUCAGUUUUCUGCAUCGGCGGUAUUAUUGGUGGGUCUCUGACUGGCAUCUUGGCUGAACGCAUGGGCAGGAAAGGAGCUCUGCUUUUCAACAAUGUGUUUGCCAUUAUCGGCGGUCUGCUGGAAGGUUUCACUAAAACCGCCAACUCCUACGAAAUGCUUAUUGCUGGACGGUUAUUCAUCGGAAUCAAUUGCGGUCUCAACGGCGGUUUGGCUCCCAUGUAUCUCUCCGAGAUCUCGCCCGUCCACUUGCGAGGCGCUGUGGGCACUGUCUACCAAUUGGUAGUGACCAUUUCUAUCUUGGUGUCACAAAUUUUGGGUAUGGAAUCCCUGCUCGGCACCCCGACUCUGUGGCCCAUCCUGCUCGGUUUGACCCUCGUUCCGGCCAUCUAUCAACUGAUUGCUCUGCCAUUCUGCCCGGAAUCACCCAAAUACACGCUGUUGAACAAGGGCAAAGAGAUCGAGGCCCAAAGAGCUUUGACCUGGCUGCGAGGUACUCUAGAAGUGCACGACGAGAUGGACGAAAUGCGCGCCGAAUACGAAGCUAUGAAACUGGUCCCCAAAACCACUUUGAAUGAGAUGCUGAGCAACCCGGCUCUACGCGCUCCAAUGAUUAUUGCCGUCAUGAUGAUGUUGGCUCAACAACUCUCCGGAAUCAACGCUGUUAUGUACUUUUCUACCGACAUCUUCAUUUCAGCCGGUUUGAGCGCCGAAACUUCGCAAUACGCCACUCUGGGCAUGGGAGGCAUGAACGUGCUGAUGACUGUCGUCUCUCUAGCUAUCAUCGAAAAGGCCGGUCGCAAAACUCUCAUGUUGAUUGGUUUGGUUGGCAUGAUGUUUGACGUCAUUCUUCUGACCGUCUGCUUGGCGCUAAAGGAUGUGGCAGCAUGGUUGGCAUACUUUAGUAUCGUCUUGAUUAUCAUCUACGUGGUAUUCUUCGCAACCGGCCCUGGCUCCAUCCCUUGGUUCCUCGUCACGGAACUGUUCAAUUCUUCGGCUCGUCCCAUGGCCACCGCCAUUGCCGUCACCGUCAACUGGGUUGCCAAUUUCAUUGUCGGUCUUGGAUUCCUCCCUAUUCAGGAAGCAUUAGGCCCUUACGUCUUCAUCAUUUUCGCGGCAUUCUUGGCCUUCUUUAGUUGGUUCACCUGGAAGAAAGUGCCGGAAACUAAGAACAAGACGAUCGAAGAAAUCAGCGCCAUGUUCCGUCAACAGUCUUAUUAAAAACGUAACAACAAUAGCAGUUUGAUAUUCGGGAAGACGGAGGCGAUGGAAGAACAUUGAAACUCUUCUACUGCAUCUGUCUUCACACCACCAAAAGCGUAUUAAAAAGCUGAUUUAUUGCACAUAUAUGUACAAGGAAUGACACGAGCCUGUUGAACUUUGCCCGUUUAACCUGGCCUUUGUACGUAUAUUUAGUGAAUGUCGUCCAUGGGAUUUAAUUUUUUAAACCUUUUUUGUAAUUAUUUGAAAAGUCGUAGGCAUAAAAACAAAACACGCAUGUGUUUCAGAACCCCCACCCCUUCCCAGUGACCUAAUCGUAUCGUAUCAUAUAGCUCGUAAUCCUGUUUUAGCGGAGGAGGAUUUAAAAAAUUUUAUUGGUAGUUACGAAUUCAAUUGAUUUUUCAUUUUCUUCUUCUUUUCUAGAUUUCUAUUGUAUAAUUUAUAUUAAUAGUUGUCUUCGACUCUCCUGUAUUUUCACGCGGAAUCCACAAUUUCCUUCGUUUUUUUAUGUGUUCAUCGAAAUCAAGGAAAUAGAAUAUUAAUAUCAAUAAAUGCUAACAGUUGGGUUCUCGGUUCAACGACUAUUCGAUCGCGGCACUUACUUUUAUUUUAUUUUAUUUUUGUGAAUUUACCAUUUCCAUCAUAUUUUUGUAUACAUUAGGUAGCUAGUCGUAAAACGUAGUCGAUUUAAUCACGUCAUAUCGAAAUUGGACGUAUGUACGAUUUAUCGUCAUUUACCGACAACAACCCCCACAAACAUCAAACCGGUGAAAACGACUCCUUGAUGUUUACUACACACGUUUCUCGUCCCAUUGUACUCGUUCAUUUUUGUAGUGUAUAAUUGUAUACCCUGUAGAGAUCGAAUGAUUGAUGCUGAUCGAGUGUUCACUAUUGUGUACGGAAACUUGUACGGAGAAUGGGUGAUAUACAUUAUAUACAGAAAUUGUGACAUA